GGCAGAGAGCAGUGUGCUCCUAAAAGACAUCUUUCAACAACUGUAGAAGAGCUAAAACGAUUUAAUGCAAGGAGAAAAUUAAAAGGUGCUGUAAUAGCAGCUGUUUCAAGUCCUAAAUGGAAUAAUUUUUAUUAUGAUCCUAUUCAUGAUGGAAGUUCUGAAUAUGGGAUAGAAGAUGAAAUUACUGCUGCAGGUGCUAUAUCUGUAGUUUUAGAUAGCUUAGACACAAUACAGUGCUUAUCAGAUAGUUCCAUCAAAGAUAGAGAUUUCCUUUUAUAUAUUUUGGAAGAUGAAAAGCUUCAAACCCUGCUUGAUCUGUAUGAUAGGAUAAGUUCACGAUUAUACAGUCCUGCCAGGUGUCCUGUGUCAGAUGCCUUACCUGCAGCUAGAGAAGUACUAGAGUUCCUACAUGUAAAUUCCAGUAAUUUGCCACCAGAAGCUUCUGAAUUAAGAGCAAUCCUUUGUGAUCCCUAUGUGAGGUCCUUACUACAAGCACAUGAUGUAUUAUCUCAUGAAGUAUAUGGAGAAGAUGCAAUUUGUGUAACACCUCCUCCAGUUGCUUGCUAUACUAAUGGUGUUCAAGGAAUGGAAACUGAAAUUGGGCCUGAAGCUGAAACUGUCACUCGAGUUCGUCUUGUUCAGUUUCAGAAAAAAACUGAUGAACCUAUGGGCAUUACCCUGAAGCUUGAUGACAAAGGGAGAUGUAUUGUUGCUCGUAUUAUGCAUGGUGGAAUGAUAUACAGACAAGCUACUUUGCACGUUGGGGAUGAAAUACGAGAAAUUAAUAAUGUUAGUGUUGCAAAUCAAACAGUAGAUGCUCUUCAGAAGAUGUUACGAGAUGCAAGAGGAAAUGUUACUUUCAAAAUUGUUCCCAGUUAUAGAACCGGCCCUCCAAUCUGUGAAAUAUUUGUUCGGGCACAGUUUGAUUAUGAUCCAAAAGAUGAUGAUCUCAUACCAUGUCCUCAGGCAGGCAUUAAAUUUAAAACUGGAGACAUUUUGCAAGUAAUCAGUAAAGAUGAUCACAACUGGUGGCAAGCAAGGAAAGAAAACUCAGAUACUACUGCUGGUCUCAUUCCUUCUCCAGAACUUCAGGAAUGGAGGGUAGCAAGUUUAGCAAUGGAACGAUCUCGCAAUGAUCAAGUUAAUUGUUCAUUUUUUGGGCGGAAAAAGAAGCAUUAUAGAGAUAAAUACUUAGCAAAGCAUAAUGCUGUUUUCGAUCAGUUAGAUCUUGUAACAUAUGAAGAAGUAGUGAGGUUACCUGGAUAUAAAAGGAAAACUUUGGUUUUACUUGGAGCCCAUGGGGUUGGAAGGCGCCAUAUCAAAAAUACGCUUAUUAGUAAUCAUCCUGACAAAUACGCUUAUCCAAUUCCUCACACAACUCGUUUACCAAGACCAGGGGAAGAAAAUGGGAGAAAUUAUUAUUUUGUUUCUCAAGAAGAGAUGAUGUCUGAUAUCACUGCCAAUGAAUAUUUAGAAUAUGGUACUCAUGAAGAUGCAAUGUAUGGAACUAAAUUGGAAACCAUAAGAAGGAUACAUAAAGAUAACAAAAUAGCCAUACUAGAUGUUGAGCCUCAGGCUUUAAAGAUUCUUAGGACUGCUGAAUAUGCACCGUUUGUUGUUUUUAUUGCUGCUCCUACCCUUGCUAAUAUUAGAGAUGCUGAUGGCAGUCUUGAACGAUUGGCAAAAGAAAGUGACCUUCUGCAGCAAGCCUAUGGACAUUAUUUUGAUGUUACAAUAGUUAAUAAUGACAUUGAAGAAACUAUACAUGCUUUAGAGAAAGCUAUUGAGAAUAUUAGUACAGUUUCACAAUGGGUGCCUGUCAGUUGGGUGUACUGAAAAAAAACCAUUAUGCAAUUUUUUUUUUUUUUUUUUUUUUUUUUUUUUUUUUUUUUUGAAAAAUUUGAGUGUUUUCACACAGUUUGGUGUUUCAAAGUUCAUCAUUUUCAUCGUUGGAUCAUUCAUAUGAAAAAGAAGAAAUGAAAUUUGAAUAUAAAACAUGCAUGGUUAAGAAAUUCAAUGCUAAAAAAAAUCUUUUGUGUUACUUCACUGACAAUUUAAAUUGAUUAUAUCAAAAUAUUUUAUAUUAUGCGUAUUAAACAUAAAAUAUAUGCUUAUUUUAUGAUUUAAUAUAGUUCUAAAAUUCCGUUUGUUCCUUUUGUUUAUUUUUGCAAAUUAACAUAGUUUAAAAGCAUUUGGCAUCUGUUAUUUUUUCAUUGCUUCUAUUGUACACUUGCCGAAAAAGGUACACCAUUUUUUUCCUCAUGUAAGAUUACGUUAGGUACAAAAACUAGCUUGUUAAACAUUUUUUUUUUAAAUUCAUAUUCAGAGGCCAUUAAAUUCUCUUAAAUUGUCACAAAAGUAACAAAAAGGAUAUGCAAUUUAGAAGAUACCACCAAUCAUAUAGGGACAGUGUAAUACUGUCCCAUGCCUUUUCAUUCCUUACAUCUGGGUGAAUAGGGUAAUACACCCAUUCAUGUGAUGAUGAUAAACUCAGUUUGUGCUGAAGUUAAUACAUGGUGCUCAAAUCAAGUCAGAUCUCAUGAACUGCAUUUAUCAUAGUAAAACAUUUUAUGUUAUUACUGUAUGUAAGCAUGGUGAGAACAAGUUGCCAUUAGAUGGUUAAGUUGUAGAUUCUGAUAUUUUUAUUUCGUAAUUUAGCAAACUUAUUAAGAUGUCCAAUUGUAAAAAGAAAUGAUGACUUAUCUUUUUAGUCAUAUUUAUGCAGCUAAGCUAUAUUGGAAGGUUUUCCUUUUGAAAUGUUUUCUACCAAAUGUAAAAUGAUCUACCUAAAGAUGUUAUCAGAAUAUGGAAGAUACUUUUCAUAUUUUAAUUCUUAUAUUUGUUUAAACAAAUUUUUAAAGACUCUAUAGUUCUGUGAUCUUCCGCAAAAGAAAAUUGAAACAGAUAGUAAAUGCAUUUUUGGUGUUCACUUGUGUAGCAAUAAAACUGUGUGCAGAAUUUUA